AUGGUGGAAUUGAAGAAUCGUAUCAAAGCUUAUAAAUUUAUUGGCUAUUUUGCUUUCUUUUUUUCUUUUUUGGCUAUUUUAUCAUUAUGUAUAACAUUACCAAUGGUUUAUAAUUACGUCUAUCACGUACGACAGAAAAUGAAUAGUGAUGUUAUAUUUUGUAAGAGUUCUAUAAAGGAUACCUGGAUGGAAGUACGACAACUGCGAAACAAUCCAAUCGAGACACUAAAUCGAACAGCUCGUCAAGCUGGCUAUGGCGAAACUCCACAGCAAGCACCUUCACCAGAAAUUAGUGGUGCUAGUUGUGACCAAUGUUGUCAACCGGGUCCACCAGGUCCAGAAGGACCACAAGGAAAACCAGGUAAACAAGGACGUCCUGGAGCAACUGGACGUCCAGGAAAUCCAGGACGACCACCACCCCAACCAUGUGAACCGAUAACCGCACCACCGUGCAAGCCAUGUCCUGUUGGGCAACCAGGUGAACCUGGUGAAGAUGGACCAAUGGGAGAAAUGGGACCACCAGGAUCAGCUGGAGACCCUGGAUUCGAUGGUCCAGUGGGUGAACAAGGUGUACAAGGUGAGGAAGGAGAACAAGGUCCAGUGGGACCACCUGGACAACCUGGUAAGCAAGGCACGGACGCACCAAGUGAAACGCUUAAGCCAGGAGCACCUGGUCCUCAAGGUGACCAGGGCGAGAAAGGACCACCAGGAAAAGCCGGAAAGCCAGGCAAGGAUGGACCCGUUGGACCACAAGGACCAAAAGGAAAUCCUGGCGCAGAUGGUGAACCAGGCAAAGACGGAAAACCGGGUGAACGAGGACCACCUGGCAAAGCUGGUCCAGCUGGUGAAAAAGGCCUUUGUCCAAAAUAUUGUGCUAAUGAUGGUGGCAUUUUCUUUGAAGAUGGUUCUCUUCGUUGA